GACUUCUUGGUUUUUAUUCUUUUUUUGAUCCGAGGUUCUCUGGAUAUGGGCUAAAUGUUUGAAAGCUGUCGAUACAUAACUAUAUAAAAUGGGUUCGACGAAUUCCACCCUGUUAAAAAUCCCUAAUGUCGAGGUGCUGAUGCAAGAGACGGGCUUCUCGCCUGCCCACAUUAUUCGCCUCCAUGAUCGCUUCAAAGCUCUGGAUAAAGAAGGACGAGGUCACCUCUGUCUCCAGGAUUUUGAGGCCAUAAAGGAGUUGGCAAUGAACCCCAUAGGAGACAGAAUAAUAGGUGCAUUUUUCUCCCCAGGGAAGGAAACGGUGGACUUCCACACUUUUGUGAAGAUCCUGGCUCAUUUCCGGCCCGUUGACAAGGAUCGACCCAAAGAGCUCAAUUCUACUGAGCCCAUCAAUAGCAGGAGCAACAAACUCAGAUUUGCAUUUCAGUUGUAUGACCAAGACAAAGAUGGCAAGAUUUCCAGAGAUGAGCUUUUACAGGUUCUCCGGGCCAUGCUGGGGAUGCAGGUGACAGAGGAGCAGCUGGAGAGCUUAGCAGACCGCACUAUACAGGAAGCAGAUCUAGAUCGUGAUGACGCAAUCUCUUUUGAGGAGUUUCGUAAGUCUCUGGAGAAGAUCAACAUUGACAAUUUGAUGAGCAUUCGCUUCUUGCGCUAGAGCAUCAUGGGAAAGCUUGUACAUCAACCUUAUAUGCAUCUAUCUCCAAGCCACAGAAAACGGAAGGGUGUCUGAAAUGCCCAGGACAGUAUCAUGGGAUCAGUGUUUGUCUGUCUAACAGGAAUUUAAUGCACUGGUAGUGUCUGCAUAUAAACUGCACAUUGACAAAUAACAUAAAGUUUACUGAAGUAGUGUUGGGUCAGUAAAAUCUUACCGACCCCUGUAGAUUUUUGCAUUCUGUUUCUUGAUAUUGAAUAAAUUUUAAAGAAUUGAUUAUUAUUAAUUUUGUAGAUAAUUAUAACUAGCUGGAAAGAAUUUGUAAUAAUGUUCAGAAUGCAUAGUGUUGAAUUGUUAUAUAUCCCUAUAUAUGGGGGAAAAGGUUUUGUUUUUCCUCUCUGUGAAGUGUGAUAAUCUCAAGAUAGGAUUUCCCAAGGUUUAUUAGAUGUGUACACUUUCAUCUCAGUAGAGAUUUUAUAGCAUCUCGGUUGCAUGAUGCUUUCCAUACAUUUUUUUUUAUGUAUGUAAAUUUAUCCUAAAUCCUGAUAGAAACUGAUUUUUUUAUUCUUUAUUUUUUGUUAUUCUUUCAGUGCAGGUAUGCUUCAUGCAAUUUGACCUACAAGUGAGAAGAAAGGCUACCUCACCUGACUGCACUUAUGCAUGCUCUACCAAAACCACUAAAAAAUAGCUUUUUUUCAUCUUUAUAUGAAAUGCAAUGAAUGAUAUUAAAUCAUUUUGCACAAUA